AUGCCAUAUCUAGGACUCAAAGGCAAUGGCCUGCUGGCAGGAAUCGCCUUGUCAUCUGGCAUGGGCUUUGUUCUGUUUGGCUACGAUGACGGGGUUAUUGGUGGUCUUCUUACCUCUCCCACUUUCGAGAGUACUUUCCAUCUCAGCAGCGGCAUGCAAGGAACUGUUACAUCCCUAUUCAUCAUCGGUUGUUUAGUCGGUUGUCUGUUCACCAGUAUCACCAACGGUAGAUGGGGUCGUCUCACAAUCACUCAUGCCGGAUCCAUAAUUCUCAGCUUCGGUGCUACAUUGCAGGCUUCUAGCUUUGGUGUACCACAGCUGAUAGUUGGGAGAAUCGUCGCUGGAAUUGGCCUCGGUCUAAUCACAAGUAAUGUGAUUGUUUGGCAGUCGGAGAGCGCUCCGAGGAAAGUUCGAGGCAUGCUUGUUGCUAGUGCGUUGAGUUUAUUGAUCGUUGGCCAGCUUCUUGCCUACUGGAUAGACUAUGCAAUGGCAGAUUACUCUUCCAGUGUAGGUUGGAGAUUUCCGUUGGCCUUCCAAGCAUUCAUUGCCAUUUUGACUAGUGUCAUGCUGUGCUUCAUGCCUGAGUCUCCCCGUUGGCUCUUCCAACAAGACCGUACCGAAGAAGCAACGCAGAUUUUACGCCUACUGCAAACCCACAAGGGUGUCGUGGACGAAGACGCUCUCAGUAUUACGAUUUCCGAUAUCGUAGAAGCCCUUGAGAUGGAAAAGAAACAAGCUGGGUGGAGAGACCUACUUAAAGAAGAUGCGGUUUGCUCCCGACGUCGAGUUCUACUGGCCUGUCUGUUGAACUCCUGCCAGGCUUGGAGUGGAAGUACCCCAAUAAGCUACUACACUACAGUUAUAUUUCAAGACUCCGUCGGAUUAUCCUAUAACCUUUCACUCUUGAUGUCCGGCUUUCUACAAAUCUGGUUCUUAGUGGCAUCCUUUGGAACCUGGUACACUAUUGAAAAAGCUGGUCGUCGGAAGUCAUUCAUGGUCUCUGCAGCCUGUAUGGCAGCUGUCAUGGCAGCCUUGGCGGCUUGUAUUGCGGUUGACACUCAUGCAAGUGGUAUCGUUGCUGCAGUCAUGAUUUUCUUAUACCAGAGUUUCUACACGUGGGGAUUUAUGGGAGGUCUUUGGUGCUACGGGCCUGAGAUUCUACCUCUUGCUCACCGUACCAAAGGCUCCGGCUUAGCAACCGCUUGCCUCUGGCUAUCAACCUUUGUCGUUGUCGAAUUCGUGCCAACAGCAAUCAGUAACAUCGGCUGGCGUGUCUACAUUAUCUUCGCCGUCUUUAAUCUCGCCUUUAUCCCGAUGAUCUAUUUCUUGUUCCCUGAGACGGCGGGAUUUACGCUUGAGGCUGUUGAUCUUGCAUUCAUGGACAAGGAAAAGGGACCAGUCAAGCGGGCGAAUGAGCUAUGGGGGAUUAUCAAAAAGGGUGGAGAUGUUGGCCUAAGAGGGGAACUGCACGGUGAGAAGAAAGAGAUGGGAGGCGUGGAGAUGAUCGAAAAGGCGUGA